GCCAGCUGCUCCCGGGGACUCUUCCGGAAAGCCGGCGCGCUCGCCCAUCCUCCCGUUACUUCCCGGGCCCGGCGGGGAGCCGCCCGCGGAGCGCGCCCUGCCACCGGGCCGCGCGAGGCCAGCGCCGGCCUCCGCCGCUCCCCGGGGACGAGGCGCCGCCCGCGAGCCCUCCGGCGGCCGCGGCGCAGACGCGCCCUUCCCGGCAGCCCUCGCGCCCCUCCCGGCGGCCCGCGCGGCGGCGCGCAGCGGGAUGAUCCACGAGCUGCUGCUGGCGCUGAGCGGGUACCCGGGGGCGGCCUUCACCUGGAGCAAGCGCGGCGGCCUGCAGGUGUCCCAGGAACUGCCGUUCUUGCACCCCAGCGAGACGAGCGUCCUGAACCGGCUCUGCCGCCUCGGCACCGACUACAUCCGCUUCGCCGAGUUCGUGGAGCAGUACACCGGGCACGUACAGCAGCAGGACCAUCAUGUAUCUCAGCAAAACCAGGGUGGAUUACAUGGGAUUUAUUUGCGAGCUUUCUGCACGGGUCUUGAUUCAGUAUUGCAGCCGUAUCGACAGGCACUACUUGACCUUGAACAAGAGUUUUUGGCUGACCCGCAUCUUUCCAUCUCACAUGUUAAUUAUUCCUUGGACCAGUUUCAGUUACUCUUCCCAUCUGUAAUGGUCGUGGUGGAACAGAUCAAGACUCAGAAGAUUCAUGGAUGUCAGAUACUGGAAACCGUCCACAAACAUAGCUGUGGGGGGUUGCCUCCUGUUCGCAGUGCUCUUGAAAAGAUUCUGGCUGUGUGUCAUGGAGUCAUGUAUAAGCAGCUAUCUGCCUGGAUGCUACAUGGAUUGCUACUAGACCAACAUGAAGAGUUCUUUAUCAAACAGGGUCCCUCUUCUGGAAAUGUCCCUGGCCAACCUGAAGAUGAUGAUGAUGACCUAGGAAUUGGGGGACUUACAGGAAAACAGCUACGAGAGCUGCAGGACUUGCGCUUGAUUGAGGAGGAGAACAUGUUAGCUCCAUCUCUAAAACAGUUUUCUCUGCGAGUAGAAAUGCUGCCAUCAUACAUUCCUGUGCGGGUUGCUGAGAAAAUCUUGUUUGUAGGAGAAUCUGUACAGAUGUUUGAGAAUCAAAAUGUUAACCUGACCAGAAAAGGCUCCAUCCUAAAAAACCAGGAGGACACUUUUGCAGCAGAACUACACCGACUCAAGCAGCAACCACUCUUUAGUUUGGUGGACUUUGAAUCUGUGGUUGACUGGAUACGGAGCACUGUUGCUGAGCAUCUUUGGAAACUGAUGGUGGAGGAAUCUGAUUUACUAGGACAACUGAAGAUUAUAAAAGACUUUUAUCUUCUGGGAAGAGGUGAGCUGUUUCAGGCUUUCAUUGACACUGCACAGCACAUGUUAAAAACACCACCUACGGCUGUAACUGAACAUGAUGUCAAUGUUGCAUUUCAGCAGUCUGCUCAUAAAGUACUGUUAGAUGACGACAACCUUCUCCCUCUGCUUCACUUGACCAUUGAGUAUCAUGGAAAGGAGCAUAAAGAUACUCCUCAGGCUCGUGAAGGGCCUACCCGAGAGUUAUCUCCACGUGAAGCCCCUGCAUCUGGCUGGGCAGCUCUGGGUCUUUCUUACAAAGUACAGUGGCCGCUGCACAUUCUCUUUACUCCUGCUGUUUUGGAGAAGUACAAUGUUGUGUUCAAAUACCUGCUAAGCGUGCGACGGGUCCAGGCUGAGCUACAACACUGCUGGGCUCUCCAGAUGCAACGCAAACACCUGAAAUCUAACAGAACUGAUGCCAUCAAGUGGCGUCUGAGGGACCACAUGGCUUUCCUUGUGGACAAUCUUCAGUAUUAUCUGCAGGUGGAUGUACUGGAAUCUCAGUUCUCACAGCUUCUCCAACAGAUAAAUGCCACACGAGAUUUUGAGAGUAUUAGACUGGCUCAUGAUCAUUUCUUAAGCAAUCUGUUGGCUCAGUCUUUCAUCCUCCUAAAGCCUGUUUUUCACUGCUUAAAUGAAAUUCUAGAUCUUUGUCAUAGUUUUUGUUCUCUGGUGAGUCAGAAUCUGGGCCCAUUAGAUGAGCGGGGAGCUGCACAACUCAGUAUUCUGGUGAAGGUGAAUCUAUAUUUAUAUGGAUUCAGUCGUCAGUCAUCACUGCUCUUCAAGAUUCUCUCUAGUGUUCGAAACCACCAGAUAAACUCUGACCUAGCUCAACUGCUACUACGCUUGGAUUAUAACAAAUACUACACCCAGGCUGGAGGAACCUUGGGCAGUUUUGGAGUUUGAACACCAAGACCUUUUCUUCAGACUGUGACCAACAGCAUGACAAGCAGUGAUGCCUCUGGUGCUCUUGGAAUUUUUUCCUUGUAGUUGGUACUUGCCUGAUGAACCACUGUUUAAGUGGCACUUCCUGCCAAUUCUGUACAAUUGCCUAUUGAGUGCAGAAAGCUUUUUCUUUUACUCUGACCUAGUAGAACCAUGCUUUCUGCAGCUCAGCAUCUACUCAUAAAUGCUUCUAGGGAAGCAGUCUGUGCUUCUUCUGAAAGUGGAGAAAAAACAAGGAUUGUGAUGUCAGAAUUGCAGUAUCUUAACUGGAGCUGGGCUAUGAUCCGUUGCAAGCUGGAAUAGGGUGGAAGUAGUCUGUUCUCAACUAUGACUGAAGUUUUGUCUGUCUUCAGAACUUUCACUUGUGCAAUAAACUGACUUAGAGGAGA